AAACAGGGUGUUCAUUUGAUCCAAAACAUUAAACAGUGAACCCAAGUACAAUAAUGGAAAAAGGGUAUACCUGCCUUCUCCCUCCGCACUCCACACACUACAGUCCACACAGAGUAAUGGCACAGCACCUUACUUAAUUGAACACUCCCCCUAGGGUAAAUGCACAUGAUCGCUGCCACCCCACACGGUCCAAAACUAUUAUUAAAAUUUCAUGGGCGAAGUCAAUCUGUGAGAUAUACAUUAUAGAUCUGUGCGACCUCCGACUCCACCUAGGUGUCCUGUUGCUCCCCAGGAAUAGAUGCUAUUUCUUUUUCUUUUCUUCCAUUUCCUCACUUCUCCUGCCCAUCUCCUCGUCUCCUGCUUCCUCUCUUUAAUCAGACCAUCAGAUCUCGUCUCUCCAACGUUGGUGCAAGGUAGAUGUCUACAUAUGGAACCAACUGAUCAGCUUUGGUGAAACCUACCUAGCUACCAUUUUAAUUACCUUCUCUUUCUUGCAUGGAGAUCGAUUUUCGUUUUUAUUAAUUCCCUGGCCGCACCAUAUCAACUAGAGGUUCGGUUUGGUGAGCUGUGCGCCUCUGCUUUUUCCUCGUUUCUAUACAUACUUCCCUCACAUGCUCCCUGCCUAGCUCCUAUCGCAGUUAUUGCUUUCUCUUUCUCUCUGUUUUUGUGAAAGAGGAGAGAGAUGUGGGAAUGCUCUGGGGAAUCAUGAGCUACCGAAUCAGUGAUGAUCGUUCGUGGUGGCGAGUUCUUGGGGUCGUUCUUCUUUUAUUAGUUGUGGGUGCUUCGGGGCUCAACGUAGAUGGGAUUCGCUUGCUUUCGUUGAAGUACUCUGUUCUCAGCGAUCCUCUGUCGGCGUUGGAGGGCUGGAACUACCGCGACGAGACGCCGUGCUCAUGGAAUGGAGUUACGUGUUCUGCUCCCGGCGUGUUCGAUUCCUACGCUCGCGUCGUCGCCUUGGCUCUUUCCAAUUGUCGGCUUCUGGGGUCUAUUCCUGCCAGCCUCGGCAUGAUGGAGCACCUCCAGAAACUCGAUCUCUCUAACAAUUCCCUUAAUGGGUCGCUUCCCUUGUCGAUUUUCAACGCAUCCCAGCUUCAGAUUCUGGAUUUGUCCAACAACUUGAUCUCUGGCGAGCUCCCGGACGUCGUUACUGGGCUUCAAAGCCUGGUUUCCCUCAACCUCUCGGACAAUGCCUUGGCGGGAAAGCUCCCGGCAAAUCUCUCUGCUCUCCGAAAUCUAACUGAUGUGUCUUUGAAGAACAAUUACUUCUCUGGUGGUCUUCCUAGUGGGUUUGACGCAGUUGAAACGUUUGAUCUGUCUUCGAAUCUGAUUAACGGAUCAUUGCCUUCGAAAUUCGGUGGAGAUAGUCUUCGUUACUUCAACAUCUCCUACAACAGGAUUUCCGGAGAAAUUCCCCCGGAAUUUGCAGAGAAAAUACCAGAGAAUGCAACUAUUGAUCUCUCGUACAACAACCUUACGGGAGAAAUCCCGGAAGCCAGAGUUUUCUUCAACCAGCAAGCAAAUUCACUUUCCGGGAACCCCAAUCUGUGCGGGAAACCCCUCAAGAACCCGUGUCCGAUUCAAUCCCAGCUCUCCUUACCACCCAAUAUGUCUGACGCCACCUCUCCUCCUGCAAUUGCCGCCAUUCCCAGAAUAAUAAGCUCAACCCCUGUAGCCAGCUCACCCGGGUCCGCGAACGGAUCCCGCCAACGACGAGCAAACGGACUUAGACCCGUCGCCGUUGCGGGAAUUGUAUUAGGAGAUUUGGGCGGAAUUGCAAUUCUUGCGUUGAUCUUCCUGUACAUUUUCCGGAAAAAGAAGACCGUCCCCGCGAACAAAUCAAUCGCAGAGAAGAAACAGAGUAACGCAUCAAAAGACGACUGGUCCUCGUCGACGUCGGAAUCCAGAGGCAUCACAGCGUGGUCGUGUUUGCGAAAAACAGGGGAAAAUGAAGAGACGUCCGAAACCACAAGCUCUGACAGCGAAGCUGACGAGGAUGGGCAGAAGGGUCAGCAAAGUCGGCGGAGGGGAGAGCAUCAACAGCAGAAAACAGGGGUUCUGGUGACGGUCGACGGCGAGAAGGAUCUCGAGCUCGAGACCCUGCUUAAGGCCUCGGCUUACAUACUGGGUGCGACGGGUUCGAGCAUAAUGUACAGAGCCGUGCUCGAGGACGGCACCGCCCUCGCGGUUCGUCGGAUCGGAGAGAGCAGCGUGGAGAAGCUCCGGGAUUUCGAGACCCAGGUCCGAGCCAUUGCCAAACUGGUUCACCCCAAUCUGAUUCGCCUUCGAGGAUUCUAUUGGGGUGUCGACGAGAAGCUCAUCAUCUACGACUACGUCCCCAAUGGCAGCCUCGCCAACGCCCGUUACAGGAAAAUGGGCUCGUCUCCAUGUCAUCUCCCGUGGGAGGUCCGGCUCAAGGUGGCAAGAGGCGUGGCCCGUGGGCUGAGCUACCUGCACGAGAAGAAGCACGUGCAUGGCAAUCUCAAGCCCAGUAACAUCCUCUUGGGCCUUGAUAUGGAGCCCAGGAUCGGAGAUUUCGGGCUCGACAGGCUCGUUUCGGGCGAGAACACCUACAAAGUCGGAGGAUCCAUGCGAAAUUUCGGGAGCAAGAGAUCCACGGCGUCCCGGGACAGCUUCCAAGACCAAGCGACGGGGCCGAGCCCGAGUCCGAGCCCGAGCUCAAUCGGGUGCGGGUCGCCUUACCACGCCCCUGAAUCGCUCCGGAGCCUCAAGCCCAACUCCAAGUGGGACGUAUACUCGUUUGGGACAGUGCUUCUGGAGCUGUUGACUGGCAAGGUUGUGGUUCUGGAUGAGUUGGGCCAGGGGACCCCAGGGCCCGGGCCAGGCCCAGAAGAGAAGAACAGGGUACUGAGGAUGGCUGACGUGGCGAUAAGGGCAGACGUGGAGGGCAAAGAGGAUGCCCUGCUGGCAUGCUUGAGGUUGGGAUUCAGCUGUACAAACCCAGUGCCCCAGAAGAGACCCUCAAUGAAGGAAGCCCUCCAAGUUCUAGAGAAGAUCCCACUGUCACCCUCGUCACAGCGUUACGAUCACUAAUUAAUAAAAUAAGAAGGAAGCAAACAGGGUGUUGUAGAGUGAUGAAGAUGUGUAUGUAUUAUUGACUGAUAGGGUGUUAUUUUUAUCUCAUGAGACACGUUUUGAUUGGAAAACUUUUUAAUCCUAAAUUUUGAAGUGGUC